AUGACGCUCCAAAAUGGCCUAGUUUUUAAACGAACGAAGAUCGUUGUCCCAGAGAGCCUUCGCCGUGAUAUGAUAGAGGAAACACAAAAGUCUCAUCAGGGACUCCAAGCAUGCCUUCGAGGGGCCAGAGAGGUUUUCUUCUGGCCAGGAAUGUCUGCGAAACUCAAGAAUCGUAUUGAUAAAUGCUCUAUAUGCCAAAGUGUGAGACCUGAACAGGCCAGCGAACUUCUUCAGCCUCACCCAGUUCCUGACAGGCCAUUUCAACGAGUUGGAACUGAUUUUUUUACCUUCGAGAACCGAAACUACCUUGUAUUAGUUGAUUGCUACAGUAACUUUAUCGAGCUGGAUCAUCUAGCCAACACUUCGUCCCAGACAGUCAUUCACAAGCUGAAGAUGCAUUUUUCGCGACAUGGGGUACCCGAUUACGUAGUUUCUGACAAUGGUCCUCAGUAUACAUUCUCAGAGUUCCGAAGAUUUGCAGCAACAUGGAAGUUCACUCACGUCACUACCUUACCACACUAUUCACAAGUUAAUGGGGUGGCCAAGGUGCAGUCAAAACCUGCAAGAAUUUAA